AUGUCGUGCGAAUUCGUUCGCCAAGGAGAAUCUGAAGUGGUACGUGUGUUGGUGGUCGACGAUGAGAAGCAGUACUGUGACAACUUGAGCCUGUGCCUCACCACGGAGGGUUAUGAAGUCGUUACUGCAACGACCAGCGAUGAGGCGAUCAACCUGGGCAAGUCUUUCUGUCCCGAUGUCCUGGUCGCCGAUUGGAUGCUUCGCAGCGAUGAAGAUGGGCUGGAUGUAUCUCGGACUCUGUUGAGCCAAUUGCCCAAACUCGAAACGGUUUUGAUCACGGGUUAUCCCUCAGGCGAGCUUCAUUCCGAUGCGAGAGAGUCGAAGGUGUUCGAGGUGUUGGAGAAGCCUUUCGAACUGAACGACUUCUUAUCCGUUGUCGAAUAUGCAGCCCGUUCGGCGGACGAAGGCGGACCGAAUAGCGAGGCAUCAUCUGUUCGCAAGACUCACUGGGAGAUGCUCCAUCGUAUGCUAGGGCGACUUCUGCAACGUAUCGGGCCGGCGUUUAUCGUGGGGGCCUGCAUCAUCGGUCCUGGCAGUGUCACGCUGAUGUCGAAGACCGGUUCGCUAUACGGCUAUUCGAUGCUUUGGCUGGCCGUACUCUCCGGCACCUUCAUGGCGGGCUUCAUCGCGUUGUUCAUGCGGUUUGGAAUCUACGGCGAAGAAACCGUGCUGGGAAUCACCGCCCAGCGGCUCACCCGCCCCUUUGCCAUGCUGUGUGGGGUGGCCCUCUCGUCGACGAAUGCAGCAUUCCAGUUUGGCAACAACCUGGGCGUGACGGCGGCGAUGAACACACUGUUGCCCGAUGUUUCGCAGUAUCUGUGGCCGGUGCUGUUCACCUUGGCGGCGAUUGUGUUCAUGUUCUCGCUCAAGCAGAUCUACCGCACCAUCGAAGUCAUGAUGACGAUGUUUCUUGUGCUCAUGUUCCUGGCGUUUCUCGUCAACCUGAUUAUGGCCCGACCCAACAUCGGUCAGAUGCUCGCCGGACUGGUGCCAACGCUCCCCAGUGGCGAAGGCGGCAUCGAAUGGGUCACCCUGGGUGGGCUGGUGGCAACCACGUUCAUCCUUGUGGCCGCGUUCUUUCAGACUUACCUGGUGAAGGCCAAAGGCUGGACCGAGGCCGACAUGGGGAGCGCCACGCUCGAUACCGUGCUGGCCUCGAUCAUCUACACGCUCAUUGGCUGCGUGAUCAUGGCAACGGCCGCCACCGUGUUGUACCCGCACAUUAUCGUCACCAGUGCUGAUGAAAUGGCCUCGCAGCUCGAAGGGCUCUUCGGCCCGAGCGCCAAGUUCAUCUUCGCCGUUGGGUUUGGGGCGGCCGCCUUUUCCAGCUUUAUCACCAACUCUCUGAUCGGCGGGGUCGUGCUGAACGACGGGCUAGGGCUCGGCGGGCAACUCGACUCCACGCCCACCAAGAUUCUGGCUGCCGCCAUUCUCCUGCUGGGCAUGUUCACCUCGCUGGCCAUCAUUCACCAGGAGAAUGCUCCUCUGCCGGUGGCCGCACAAUCGGAGAACGAAUCGCAAGUCGCCGAAGACGCGGCUGCUGCUCCGCCGCCGAGUAGUUUGAAGGUGAACGCCAUUGCCAUCGGGCAGGCCACCACACUGUUGGCUGUGCCGUUGGGCGUCAUCGUCACACUCAUCGUGGUGUUCGACCCGCAAUCGAAUCGAAAUCAUCGGCUCCCGCUUCCAGCCAAGGGAUUCGUCAUCGUCGGGUUAGUGCUCUUGCUGGGGACCGACGUUCGCGUUGUUGAAGCGAAAGCAUUUUUCAGUCGAGAGCAUGCGCGAACGCCGAUGAAGUUCGGCGGCGUGGUGAUGGACGCCACGUGGUAUUGCCACGUAGGCGUUACGGUCGAGAACCGUCGUGGUGAACGAGCUACCGGAUGGGGAGCAACUCUGCUGGCCGAUCUUUGGGCCUGGCCCUCGUCGCUUACGCCGCACGAUACGUGCGAGGCGUGGAUGUGCGAUUUGGUUAGCAAGUGGUGCGAGUUUGUUACUUCGACCAACGAGGUGGGCCACCCGGUCGAUCUCUACUGGCAGUGGGAACCUGAGCUGUUCCGCGUAGCCGACGAACUCGCGCAAAAAUCGCAGCUCACCGAGCCCGUUCCUCGUUUGGCCGUGCUGAUGUGCGCCGCCCCCUUGGAUGCGGCCCUGCACGACGCCUUCGGAAGGGCAGCGAAGGUAGAUGUCUACGAGGCUUACGGCCGAGAGCACAUGCAGUACGAUCUUUCUCGCUGGCUGGGACCAAGGUUCAAUGAUCGCCAUAUCGCGGACUAUCUCAGGCAGCCACCUGAGCGGAUCGAUGCGUUCCAUCUCGUAGGCGGGCUCGACAAACUAACCGCCGCCGAAGUCACGGCCGACGACCCGCAGGACGGGCUCCCCAAUUCGCUUGACGCAUGGAUUCGCCGCGAGGGAAUCCAUUGCCUGAAGGUGAAACUUCGCGGGACCGACUUGCCUUGGGAUAUCCAGCGUUUGCUCGAUGUGAGUCGCAUCGCCCGGGAGGAACACCGCAAACUGGGCAUCAAGCAGCUUUGGCUGACGCUCGACACGAACGAAAUGUGCGAGUGGCCCGAGUACGCCGAAGAACUCCUGCUGCGAGUACGCGAACAGGCGGUGAUCAUUGACGAAGCGAUGGCGUCGCUCGAGGAUUUGGAAUUGGCGAUGGAACUUGGCUACUCAGGCGUGGCGCUCAAAGCCUGCAAGUGCCAGUCGGCCGAGUUGGUGAUUGCCGCCCGUGCGAUUGAGGACGGGAUUCCAUUCUCGAUUCAGGAUCUCGCUUGUCCCGGCAUCGCGCUGUUGCAGUCGGCCCGGCUUGGUGCCCAGUUGCCCACGAUCCAUGGUGUGGAAUCCAAUGGGCGUCAAUUCUACCCCAGGACCAGCGACCCCGAGCGGCAAGUUCAUCCUGGGAUGUAUCAUCUCAGCGAUGGUCAACUCGACCUUUCAACCAUCUCGGGGCCCGGCUUGGGUUACCGGUGGGAAGAGAUUGGCCGCUCGAUUGGGUGA